AUGGGAAUAAUUACCAAUGAACUGUAUGACCAAGGCCACGAAGUAAGUGAAAUAACCAAUAUACGGAUCAAGAAAAAAUCUGAUCCUAAAAACAAAAACAGCGAGUGGACAUCUAUUAGGCUACUAUUAUUCUUUGUAGAUUUAAAACCACGGAAGAAUAAUAAAGACAUUUACAACAUAAAACAACUAUGUCAUCAGAUAAUAAAAAUAGAACCACCACGUAAAAAAAAGAAGUAUCGAAUAAGAACUGCCAAGCACAAAUCAGCUGUAUACGUGAAGUAUAGUGAAGGACACAGAACCGAAGAUUGCCCAAAAUCUAAAAAGACAAAAGCAAAAUGUCCAAACUGUGGUGAAAAUUACACAGCCAACUGGAAAGGUUGCUCUGCUUACAAUAAAGCAAUAGAAAGAGCACCCCCAAAACAAGUCUCUACUGUACAAAGAAUACAGCAGAAACCUGUAACAGCAAAUGUUGCAUACCCGCAAAUGGCUAGCACUUCAAAAGUCUAUCCAAAAAUAUCUCAACCAAAAGGAAACGAAGAAUCGAUUACUCUUAAUGAUAUUCUAGUCGCGUUAACAAACGUAACGCAGACACUAGCAAAUAUCACAGCAAGAAUGAAUAAACUAGAAAUAAACCUGACAAAGUCCAAAAAUGACUCUCAGAAUAUAAAGAAAUGUACACUGCGGAUCAUUGCAUGGAACGUCAUUGGGUUAAUUUAGCGCAGACAAGAAUUUGAAGACCUUUUACACAGUGAAAACAUUGACAUAGCGCUUAUUUCGGAAAUUCACAUCACAGCGUGGACCUUUUUUAAGAUAAGGAAUUACAGAAUAUAUACGACAAUUCAUCCUAGUGGUAAAGCUCAGGGUUGUACUGCUGUAUUAAUAAAAGAGUCCAUAAAACACUAUGAACUCGAAAAAUACUCUGUAAAUCAUAUACAAGCGAAAAGCGUCAGCGUUAAUGACGGGAAUAACGAUCUCACCGUUGCCGAAAUUUAUUGUCUACCGCUAGGAGGUGCAGAUGAAAUUAAGUUCGCUGAAUUUUUCCAUACGUUGGGUUCUAGAUUCAUUGUUGGAGAUGAUUAUAAUGCCAAGCAUACUCACUGGGAAUCAAGACUGAUCACCCAAAAGGGACGAGCCUUGUUAAAAGUUGCAAAAAACAUCAAUGCAGAAAUCAUCACUACAAGUAAGCCAACGUAUUGGCCCACUGAUCCGAACAAGAUUCCCGACCUGCUUGACUUCUUUAUUAUGAAAGGUAAAUCUUAUAAUUAUAUCGAAGUAUUAGAACUUACAGAAUUAACGUCAGAUCACAUACCAGUACUUCUCACGUUAAGUUUUAAUGUUAUACGUUAA